AUGUCACACUACAUCCUGCCAGUUCAUCUGCAGGUCCUGCUGGCCGUGCUCCUGGCCGUCUUCUGCUACUGCAUGGUGCUCGCCUUCAUCCUCUGCUGCAGGCCAAAGAAGGGUGUAUCUUCAAAGGAUAAGGAGUUGGGAAAUCCGUGCCCUCACCCCAACGAGCGAGUGACCGUGACGCUGACGCCGGCGCUGUGCACACGGCCGGUCCGGCAACAGUACGAAGAACUGGACGGUGACGUUUUGGACUUCAUGUCCUCUAAAAGCAGCUCGUCCCCAUCCGAGGACGACCUCAGCGAGCUCCCAUUUGAUUCCAGGUGUUCGUCUCCACUACGCCGCCUCAGUUCACCGCUCGUUCCUUUAGCAUCCCGUAAGAAUACGAGCCACAGCCAGGCGUCCUUGCCCUCAUUCACUAAGCUAGUUCCCAAAUCUCGUUGGAUGAAGGGUCGGCGCAGCACUGUGAGCGGGGAAAGUUUAAGCCACCAGGCUGCGCUCUCUCCAUCUCAAUAUGGCUCCAUCACGUCCUCCAUCCCCGCCAAGCCAGCCCCCUUGCUUCACUUCUCCCUGCUCUAUUCCUCAAGCGGUACCCUGGUGGUCAACAUCUUGGGGGUGUCUGGCCGGAGGCGGAGUAAUAGGAUUCUGGUACGGGCUAGCCUGCCACCAGUGUGCCCAGUACCAUGCCAGGUGGCAUCCCGACGCCGCAGCUUCAGCCCGGAGCUGCAAAGCCAGAGCGUGGCGCUCCAAGCAGGGUCCUUGGAGAAGCUGCGGGCAUGCACACUGAGGCUAGAGGUCUACAGCCGAGACUUCUCAGGCCUGCGCGAGGUGGCUCUGGGCGUGGUGGAACUGUCCUGCCAGCAACUGGACUGGGAGCCUGACACAACAGCAACCUGCACUAGGCAACUCAGCCCUGCCAAAAGUAAAAUCAAGAAGAGUGUGAGCUCUCAGGACACGCGGUCGCACAGGAAGAGCUCGCUGUGUGCGUCGAGAUCACUGGGCCAACUCUUUGUGCUGCUCCAGUACCAGGUGCCGGCCCACCGCAUCAAGGUGAUGGUGCGUAAAGCCGACCAGGUGGCCAAGCUCACCCGCAUCCCCGGAGCCCCGGCCCACUACGUCGUCAUCAACUUGCAUCAUGAUGGCAAAGUGAUCAGCACCAAAGAGACCAAAGCAGCUGGCAGUUCGAGUCCCGUUUGGAAUGCUCCUUUCCUGUUCGAUUUGCCGCCCGGUGAUGUCGCUCAUCUGCCAUUGCUCUUCGAGUUCAUUGUCAUGCAGGGUCGUCUCUACACGAAGAGUAGCAUUCUGGGCCGCGUGCUGAUUGGUGGCCAUGUUUCGGAAGCGGGGCGAGGACACUGGAAGGAAAUGUGCAGCCGGGCCACCGGGGAGACCGCUCGUUGGCACGCCAUCCAGUCAGACAGGAAGCAGGAGUGAUUGAUAGACAAUUUGAUUUAGUGUUGUUUAUUUCAUUGUGAAGUGUCCAUCUAUAACUAAUGUCUCUUACGAAUCAAUCAAAAGCAAAAAGCAAGAGGCCUGCACAAGCGUUACAGCCUGAAGCAUAUACCCUAGCUUGCCUUGUUAGCUGAGCUUGCUCAUAUUUUUGUUUUUAUUUUGAUAUUUUGCAUUGCACUAUGGG